AUGCCCCUAACGGUUCGAUUGAAAACCAUUUUUCUUUCGCUUAAUCUAUUUUUAUUAAUUUGGAUGGUGGAUAGAGUUCAUUUUUUUCAUUUGCAGAAAACAGUUGGCUCCUUCUUUAUACAAACCUCUUUGUCACAGGAGCCAAUGCAUGUAUAUAGUGUUGGAAGCUUCAGUAUGUGUGAGAAAAUUAUUGUUCGCAAAUGUGUUCAUGCUCGACUAGGCAGACACGUCAAAAGCAUGUAUGUAUGGCUCUCCUAUCAUUUUCAGACAGAUCUAGCAUUCACUUUAAUUAUGCAAAAUAAGUUUGCUGGUUCCAUUUUCUCUCUCUUCCCUGAUUUAGCACUUUGA